AUGCCGCCCAAGGGAAAAGGUCCACAAGGGAAAAGGAUCACCUUGAAAGUAGCCAAAAAUGCAGUCCGGGUACUUUUUAAUGGAAGGCGCCGUCUUGAGUUAAGCAAAAUGGGCAUUGCCACCUUCCCCAAGUGCCUUCUGGAGCUGGCUGAUGUGGAGGAAAUUGAUUUGAGCAGGAACAUGUUAAGAAAGAUUCCAAACAUCAUUGAGAAGUUCCAGAAUCUGAUGUGGCUGGACCUGCAUAGUAAUCAGAUUGAGGAGCUGCCAGCCGAAAUAGGCACACUUCAGAACCUUACUUUCCUGAAUUUAUGCAACAACAAGUUGACCACAAAAGGUCUACCAGAAGAGUUGACCCAUCUCAGGAACCUGCGUACUCUCAACCUUGGCUUGAACUGUCUUGAGACUAUUCCCACCACUCUUGGGUCUCUGAGGGAACUUAUUGAGCUAGGUCUCUUUGACAACUCUUUGACCAUCAUCCCGAAGAGUGUGAAAAAGCUCCCCAAACUUGAGAGACUGAAUGUAAAAAGAAACCCUUUACCAGAAUUUGCAAAGGAAAAUGAGCCAAUUGACACCGUUAAACGCAUAGAGUCGCUUUACUUAGUAGAAAAGAAAGACCUGUGCAGCAUCUGCCUGCAGACGUGUCAGGGUGAGAGGGAUGAGCUGCACAAGUUAGAGGACAUGACACCUGGCCCCUCAGAUAAGACAAGCUUCUCUUCACUCACUACACCCAAUUCCACUGCAAGGGAUAACCAGGAAGAAUGGAGAAUAAACAAAGAUGACAAUCCUUGA